CCUUGCUUUGAAAGGAAGGAAUGAAUGAAGAAAUGAAAGAAGAAAAGAAGUAUGAGUAGGUAGGCUCGAGGUAGGUACCUAGUACCCCACAUUCCACGCCAUGUCAUGUCAACAUCAACGUCACGUCACGUCACGUCAUCUCAGCUAGGCUUGGGUGCUUCAACUACCUACUACCCUACUAGGUAUCUGUCUAUCUAUUUACAUCAAUAUCGACUGUUUACCCCUCCUACCUACGUUUUGAUUGACAGAGUUCAGAGUUCAAGGUUCAGAGUUUACAGUUCAGAGUUUAUAGUUCAGAGUGCGCACUGCAUAUAUCGAGAAAAAAAAAACCCCGACUGAAAAAGAAAGAAAAGAUGGCUCUCCCACCUAAAUUCGCAGGUCAGAGAUUCUUGGCUUCGGAGGCUCCGGCGCAGGCAUUGCAUACGUUGGAAUUGUAUUUGGAUUAUGUUUGUCCGUUCUCGGCCAAAAUGUUCAACACAGUUUAUACUUCUGUGUUUCCCCUAAUCAAACAGAAAUACGCAUCAAAAGUCCAAAUCAUCUUUCGUCAACAAAUUCAACCAUGGCAUCCAAGUAGUACCUUGGUCCACGAAGCCGGUGUCGCUGUCCUAAACCUCUCACCCGAAAAAUUCUAUCCUUUCUCUGCCUCUCUUUUCAAACAACAAAAGGAUUUUUUCGACACAAACGUCGUUAAUGAAACACGUAAUGCAACAUACAAACGUCUCGCAAAGAUUGGAGGAGAAGCAGGAAUCGACGAGGAGAAAAUGUACGAUCUGCUUAAGAUUGAUAAUAAGCCAGGUCCAGAUGGAAGUAUGAACUCUGGAAAUGGGGUUACCAAUCAACUCAAGGUGUUGGUUAAGAUGAAUAGAUUGGUGGGAAUUCAUGUCACACCAACUGUUGUUUUCGAUGGAGUUGUAGAGAACUCAAUCAGCAGCUCCUUCACUGCUGACCAAUGGGAAGAAUGGUUGGACAAGAAUGUCGCAUGAGGAGAUUGUGUGAUUUUUCUGGUGAGUCGAUCAUGUCCCGCAGCUCGGAUUCGGAAACUGGGGUCAUGAAUUGCGGGGUAGAUGAAAUUGUGCAUGGUUGAGAGAGAGUAGCUCAAGUUCUUAGGCCCACGGAAAAUAUCUUGCUCUGUCUUGCUAGAAAGGAAUCCAACCUCCUGUAUUACCUUUUAUUUCUUGCGAUUUUAUGAUAUGGGUGAAGGUCAAAUUGCAGGUAGUAGUGAGAAUCGUUCCCUGUUGAUUAUACAAGUGAUAGCUAGCAAGGAAAUGGCAACGAUGAGAACAAUUUUGUUGACACCUGCUCUAUGAAUUUAUCAGUAAAAAUGUAUCCAUUCCUCGUGCUGUUUGGAGUGUUUUUGUAAAGAGAGCUGAUGUGUGGUGUAUUCACAUAGGCAUAUUUGUGCCUCAGCCGGAUGGGAUGGGAUGGGAUGGGAUGGAAUGGUAUAGUAUAGUAUAGUGUGAAUAUCUUAUCUCAUUG